AUGAAAGAACAAGGAGUUGCUUACAUCCUCUGGCUCGGCUGCUGUAUUGGUUUCUGUGGCUUGCAUCGUUUCUACUUGGAUUCGUUCCUCUUGGGUAUCAUUUGGUUCAUAACUUGUGGUCUCCUCUUUUGGGGUCAAUUGAUUGAUCUCAUUCUCAUUCCUGGAAUGGUUGAUGAUUGCAAUAGAAAGUUGGCAGGUCCAACAGUUACAACAGCAGUGACCAACGUCACUUAUCAAACUCAACCUGUGGUUCAACAACCAUACGUUCCACCACAACAACAAGUCUAUGUCCCACCACCACAACAAGGAUAUAUUCCACCACAACAAGGAUACGUUCCACCACAACAAGGUUAUGUUCAACAAACGACCUACACUACAGCUACCUAUUAA